AUGCAACUUUUUUCAGUGGGACGUCCUGUUGCCAGCUUCCAAUCUCACUCGCAAAGUGCCCAACGGGAUCUCAACCAUCCGAGAGGUCGGUUCCAGCAGACGCAACACCGUAAUUCUCGAGGAAAUCAGCAGAAUGAGACACAAUUCAACCCAAAUGCGAGUGAAUUCAUUCCUCAAGGGACGGAUGGAAACAGCUUUUAUAAUCUGGGCGGUAAUACACAAAACACAUCGCUCCCAGCCGUUCCAUCCUCCUACUCUGGCCAUAACAUUCAUCGGAAUCAGUCACGAAGUGAUAGCCAAGGAAGAUUUCAAAAUUCUGGUCUGAUCUCACUCCCGGUAGUACCACAAAAUCAAAUUUUCGCCAGUAGACCGGCCCCUCAUAACCCUCCACACAGUGACACUGGUUAUCAUACUCCAUAUCAGCAUACUGGUAACUUCCACCCGAUCAAUACCAGCGUGCCACGUGAACAGCAGGAUGUACCAAAUAUGGUCAGUGGCCAGCCUACGAACUACGUUCCACAGCAACAGCAGCUUCCCAUCCCAUACGGAGGCAUCCCAAUUCCUCCACCGGUCAUUCAAAUAAUGCCUGCACAGGGGUUCAUGAAUCAAUACAACAUUCUAUGGAACCAGCAUCAAAUGGCACUACACGAACUAGCCAGGCUGCGAGGAGACGGGGUCGAGAGACCAAUGGAAUCGGAGAAUAACCGUCCAGAAGUCAGUCCAUCGAGGAAUGUCGUUGACGCAGGAACUCAAACUGAUGCCGUUACUCAUAUGCCGAGAGAGACUCAGACUUACGUCACUUCUGCAUCCAUCGGUGUCCAAUACGAGGAAAUAAGUGUUGAGGAGGGUCCCCCUGUCUCGACUACUGAGGUAUCCCUCCCAAGUCAUCCACCUGCUUGUGAUUCCACCAAAAUUCAAUUGGCAGAAGACGUGAAAUCUGAUUUGACAAGUUCCGUUGCCGUCUCAAUCGACUCAACUCCAGAAGUAAGAAUCAUUGAUUCAGUUGAAAAUGGAAGUGGUCCAUCCACCAACAUGACUUCCAAAUCGUCUGAAGUUCAUUCAAUUGCAUCAUCUCUGCCUGUUGGUGUUCACCACAAGGAAACGAGCGGUGUAAAAUCUCCAGAAGUUCCAACAUUUGUGUCGUCUCAAUCAACGGGUGAUAAAAAUCAAGAUAAGUACGGUACUACUGGAGAGAAGGAUCGAUCUCUCGGAGUGAGUCCCUCGAAAAGUUAUGCUUCGGUAGCAGCAGUCGUCACUGGUCCAGUUGAAAACACAAAGCUUCCAACCUCUUCUAAAUGUGCUUCUCCUACUUUGGCGAAAAAUGUAAAAUCUGGAAGCAACUUCGAGUCAGUAUCUCCCGUUAAAGACGCAAGGAAUUCAGCUAAAAACCCAACGGUUCCAAGUACUAGCGGCACUUCCCAAUGUUCAAAAGUUUCAUCGAAAGUAUCAUCUACAAAAGCCGGUCAUUCAUCCAAGAAUACGAGUGGUGACACUACAAAUCGAGUGCAAAAGAAGGACAAGCCGGUUGGAAGGGAUGUUAAGAGUACCUCGAGCAAUUUUGAAACUUCUGUGGCCAGCAGUGAUGAUGUAACCACCAGUUCAUGCGGAAACUGUUCAUUCCAACCAGAUUCAGUGCCAGAAGUGAUUGUAACUUCGCCAGAUACUCAGACACAAGAAAUGCCACCUCUGAAAGUUAGUCAAGAAACCAGGAUUGAUGUACAAGGCCCACCAAAGGAAGCUGCUCAAAUAUCAAAGAUUCUUGAGACAGCUACACCUCCAGCAGACAAGGAAACCCUUCGUGUCUCAUUCAAUGAGUCGUCUCUUGAAAAGCAUAAAGAGCAAUCGGAGGCAAACCGAAUGGAGAAUUCCGAGAAUAUUGCCCCUAUUCAGUCUAAGCAGCCAACGAAGUCUCCGAAAAAGUCGAAACCCAUGAAGAAAGGGAAAAGCAAGGCCACUGAACAAGACAAGAAACAACAUGAUCUGGAACUGAGACCGGAUGACGACGAGGAAGAACUGAACCGAGCAAUUGAAAAGUCCAAAGAAGAAGCAGACACCAGAAUUGAGGCUCAACGGUUUAUCCACCGUCGUGUCAUCAAAUACUUUGAAGCAAUGGAUAGAAUUCGAUACGAAUAUUUGGCAUUUAUCAAAGAACGUCCGAAGGGUCACGAGUUCUUGGAAGAAAUCAUGGAGUACUGGAAGCAAAACUUGUCUCAACUACACAAUCUGGACUACCAUCGCUCCGACAAAAAGAUUGAGUCUUUGUUGAACUCACGUAUCACAAAAUACAGUUUAUCUCAAGAUGAGGAGGACUGGAAACUGUGUCUCUUCUUCAAGUCGAUUUACAAUAUGUUUAAAAAGCCGGACACGGAAUUCAUCGUACUCCAAGACCUGCUGUUUCUGUUCAACGGAAUGAAAAGUGAUUUCGUGCAAAAGAGUCUUGACACUGAAUACUGUGACAUGGUGGCUUGUUUAGAUUAUUGGCUGGAAGACUGGGAGAAUGCUUGGAGGCUUAGUAAACCAUCCUUGUCUGCUGCUGAUCUGCCUAUUAAUUCACUUGACCAAAAAUCAAUUCGUACAUUUGUCAGACAUAUCAACGAGCAGGCCAAGAAUAGAUACCUCAUUUAUAAGGGGUUUUCACAAAUGGUUCUCGAUUCCAAUUAUGAAUUCUCAAAUGUCUUCCAGAAGAUUCGAAAAGAUAAACUUGAUUGGUCGCAAGAGAAAACGAAGGAACUCUUCCAAGAACGGUGUGAAUUCUGGAGGAACGUCGAGAAUCGAAACUCGGAUCAGUCAAAGUUCAUUCUCUACUACGAGCUUCUUGCAAGCAUAACCUCUAGUGUGAUUGACUUUGACGCUCAUCACCUACACAAAUGUAUCCAGAACAUUUCGAAGAAGGAUCCCGAGAGGAUUUGGGUUGAGGAGUUGAAAUUUAUGAGCGACAUGUUCUCAUUUGUCGCAUCCGGUGAUGUUAUUUCUAAAUCUUAG